GGCAGUCAUAAAAGUGAACAAGUCAAUGUCCUGUAUGGUAUGGAAUCACGCUUGGACUCCUCGUUAAGCUGGGGAGAGGAGCUUGCCAUGUCCCUGGGGUGGAGUGCUCAGUGCUCCCUACCUGUUAGUAGACCACCAGCGAUAACGAACUGUUCCCGGAGUCUCACUCAGACCACCCUCACAAUGACAGUGGAAAUGGACCCCAGGGUGGACUCCACAGCGGGUUUAACUUUGGAACAACACUCUUGUCUUGAUUGGAUCCCUGUGUACAGCAUCGCAUUGGUUCUAGGAGCAAUCGUCGCUGUUUUUGCCAUCGCUUUGGGAAUCGUUCACAGCAUUCUGAGGAAGAAAGGCGCUGUUCCGUACCAGAUACCUCACUUCUGUGUCUGGGCCUCAAAACUGUUCCCGUUCGUCAAGUACAAAAACACUGCCAUUCACAUGACCUUUCUUCCCAGUUUGAAAGCAGCGGAGAACAUGGAAGUUAAGAGCGAUGAUGUAUUUGUUGCCAGUUUCCCACGUUCAGGUACGACGUGGACACAAGAGAUCGUGUACCUGGUGGCAAAUGAUGCCAAUGUGGAGAAGGCACGGGCUAAGUUCUUGAGUGACCGUUUCCCAUACCUGGAGUCCCCUGUCAUAGGACAGUACAAGGUGUCCCGACUACCCUCACCUAGGCUCAUCAAGACACAUCUACCAUACCAUCUUUUACCCAGAGAUAUUCAUCAGAAGAACGCAAAGAUUAUUUAUGUGAUGAGGAAUUUCAAAGAUGUAAUUGUGUCCAACUAUAACUUCUUCAAAUGUCUCUCGUUACCCUAUGCGGGCACAUUUGAUGAUUUCUGUCAGCUGUUUUUCGAGAAUAAGUAUGUUUUUUCGCCUUGGUGGCGACACGUUAAAGAGUUCUGGGAUAAUAGACAUCGCAGUAAUAUACUCAUCCUGAAGUAUGAAGAAAUGCAACAGGAUUUGGAAGGUACCGUUAAAAAACUGUCCAAGUUUUUAGGCAAACCCCUGUCUGAAGACCAGAUUCAAACUAUAGUGGGUCACUGUAGCUUUGACAGCAUGAAGAAAAACGUUAAAGUCAACCAUAAGUGGUGGGAUGACAUACGCUUUACACAAAACAACGACUUCAUCCGCAAAGGCAAAGUGGGUGACUGGAAGAAUUAUUUCACUAAGGAUCUCAGUGAGAAGGUCGAUGAAUUAGUGCGGGAAAAACUUGGGGACACGGGCCUUAGUUUUUGUGACGAACUGUGAUACAGGGAUUCCUUCACACUGGCAUUGGCGAUCAUUCCAGACCGUAUAUCUAAACGGCUCGCGCGGCAAUGUGCCCUUAGAUGAAUGGCUCACUGGCAUUACUGUGUAUUUGCAAGGUAUCCAUCAACAACGGCCUGUAAUUUCAGCAUUGUUGAUGAAAACUGCCAAGUAUGUUAACCAUCCCUGUGUUUGUUACCAUGGCUGUUGGUGGGCUUUUUGUGAGAGUCAUCUCUACGGAUAUUCCAUUGUCAUCCUCAGCUAUAUAAAGGAAACCGGACAUAUGCAGCUGGUCCCGUCUAUGAUGUAAAUAGCCGUAACUCGGACCUGUCAGCACUUGUCAAUCAUUAAUUAACCCACACAAAGACAAAGGAAUUAAGUAACAGUGUGGAUGGCGGGUGAUCAGGAUGGGAGAGAAUCCUGAUAAUAUAUUCCUCCCCUUUCGGAAGUCUAUAAUCAGUAUUGACACCUAUGGCGUUUGAUACAAAAAUUGUUUUUAUAUGUGGAGGGAGAUUCUUGUCUCUUGGUGUUCUACGUGCGGCAUAACUUCAAACGACUGAUUUUUAACACGGGCUAUAGUGUUUAUGUACAGUUACAUCCUACACGGCAAGGGUAAAACAACACACUUGCCUACAUAUGCCUGUUACUGAUUCACGCGUUUGCCACGCAAAAGUAAUUUUCACCAUGCUUGAAAGAUGUGCAGUACAUUAUGGUUACAUAGUAUAGACAUGUCCCCAACUUAAUACCACACUGACUACAGAAGCGUUUGUAUGGGGACAUUUAGCGUGCGUGGGUCAUAUCGAGCUGGAAAAAAAAUAAGAAGACUUUGAUCAAGAAAAGCUCGGCCAAAUACCAGCAAGUAAAGGGUACGUGUUAAAAGAAUUCCCAUUCCUACCUGUGGCGUUUCUUCUGUUCUUCCACGGCAAGUUUCUUUUCGAGCAUAGGAACAAUUCCAACCCUGGAACGAACAUAAAGUGUAAAUUGACAGGAAAUGCUUGAAUUAGGAGAGCCGAAUCAGUACCUGAAUUCAUUAAUUGUCCCUGAUUUGUUUUGAAUAUAGUUCCAAAUACGUAAUUCAAAACGAGCUACCCGAACUCUACAACAUGCACACCCCAUGUUUGCUGUCCUUGUGAUUACUUUUGGUAAACUGGUUACUAUUAAACAGUAUAAUCAAGGUACAUUGAGAAAAAAAUGCUUGAUAUGUAUGUGUGGCCAAUGUAUGCAGUUUCACUGCAUGUACUUAUACAGUUCUGUGUUAACCUAUUGGGACAACCUAUAUGUUAGAUCUUUACUGAUUUUAAAUUCUUUGGUGACUGCUAAUAAAUAGAUCACUCAAACACCUGCACAUACAUUGUAAAAUAUCAGAGAUGAACUGUUUUGUACAUCAUGGUAACUUAUUUUCUUUAAUAUAAACAUUUUGUUUACUUUUCUCACUUUUCAACUGUUUUAUUCCGGUAUUCAUAAAACUAUAUCUCACUCCAGAGAGUUGUCACUAGUGGUUUGUGAAGAAUUGUUAGAGACACUUACCUUACAAUAGCUCAGUCACACAAGAUGCGGGUUUAAACCCGGCCUUAGCAAUUUGCAGAUUGUGGGGUCUUGGUCACUAUGAGCGAUUGACGAUGCUCCUAUAUUGGUUUGCGUAUUCUAACGUUCGUUGACCAUCUGACUUCCACUACAUAUGAUGUAUAGAACUGAAUGUCACGUCUGCAAAAGUUUGUUAGUCCAAGGUCCAAGGUCGGUGUUUUACGCACGACAACUCCAGUUUCCUGCACCCAUAAAACUGACCGGUAUAUAUGAA